AUGGGUGUAGCACGCCAUCUGCCAACACCCAGGCUCUUUUGCGCUUCCGUUUUAACAGCAUUCAUUCUGUCGGGUAAACCUCACCACUCUACCAGUUUCUUUGCAAAGUGUUUUUCAUGUGUUUUUUGGCUGGUCGUCUGUUCCGCUCAGCCACUCUGGGCUUCAUGGAGGAGGAUGACUGGUCUAGGCCGGGACCAUUUGGCCCCAUGGCCUCUCUUGUUAGGAAGACAUGCAACGAUUUCAUAUGCGGUAGACGUACUUGUCGUCAGACAGCCGUUGACGUCCGAGCAUCUGCAUGUAUACGUACGUUCGCCAGUGUCUCGGUGCGCGCUCAAUCCGAACGCGAAUCAUUUUUGUUUCGGUUUGCAACGCGGUGUAUUGUCGCCGUGGGGAAACAACAGUGACUACUACCUCAAUGUGCAAUCUCAGUCCAUAGAUUGA